AUGGGACAAAAGACAAGUAAACUGAACAAGGAGGAUAUCUCAACUUUGAGACAGGAAACGAAAUUCUCUGCGCGAGAGCUGCAGCAAUGGUACAAAGGGUUUCGCAGGGAUGUUCCUAAUGGCCAACUGACAAAAGAGGAAUUUACCAAGAUUCAUAAACAAUUCUACCCGUUUGGCGAUCCUACAGAGUUCUCGUCAUAUGCAUUUGAAGCCUUUGAUACAAAUGGGAAGGGAUACAUUGAUUUUCACAGUUUUAUUGUUUCUUUAAGCUUAGCAUCACGAGGCUCAAUAGAAGACAAGUUAAAAUGGUCGUUCAAUGUGUACGAUCGUGAUAGGGAUGGCUUUAUCAGCUAUGACGACCUCCUUACAGUAAUAAAAAGCAUAUACAGAAUGGUGGGUACCAGCACAUUGCAUCUCUCUGAAGACGAAGCUACUCCAGAGCUUAAAGCAGGUAAAAUUUGGCAAGGUUUUGGCAAACAGCUACACGACUCUCGAGAUCUCAUAUCGAUGGAGGAGUUCAUUAAUCAUAGAAAUUUGGGUUCUGAGGUGCUUGAAGCACUGAACUUAUACAAUGAUCUGGUGUGAUCCAGACCUUCAAAUCCUCUCUGCUGUCCAAACGGCAGCUUUGCAUGUCAGCUUAAUAGUUUCUGUCAGCAACCAGUACGGCCUGGCCUUUUUCGAGUCAUGCUCAAUAGCUGUGUCCAGAUGCUCCAGCUCCUCAUCUCUAAACACUUUUAUAGUUUCCUUCAGGCUCUUAAUAUCCGCUGAAUCCGAUGUCUUAGCGCUAUCUAUUUCUUCAAUGUCUUGGAAUCCAUUGGACAGCACACGCAACUGCUGGUUGUAAUGAUUUCCAAUGACAGUCUCCACAGCCUCGGUACAGGCCAUUGCUCCUUCUUUACCCAGCAAACCGGUGAAAAGUCCCAUUGCAAAUGCACCUGCUUUCCAUGCUGGGGUAAGCAAAGACGGACGCACUCUGUGGUCAACCUGAAGUCGGUUGAAAGUGUUAUGAUGGUGUAUUUCCUGGUCCCACAUAUGUUUCAGCACUGGUUUCAGUGCAGGCUUGUGCGACAGUGCCAUGUACUGACCUGCGUAAAUCAAGUCCGCUCCGAGCUCUCCAGCCUGGUCAACGCGAAUUACACGGUCCAGAUAUGCUUUCUGAGCUGGCGAUAGAGCUUUGUGAGUACUUUGAAAUCGUCUACAAAUGAG